AUGGACGGACAUUCGCUCAAUGGCGCAUCUGCCACGGGCCAGAGCGCUGCUUCCGUGAACGGCGAGAAUGUCGACAUCAUCUCCCAGAUUCACCAGGCGCUCGAGGUCAUACACAGCCCCUAUUCUUCCAACGAAUCCCGCCGAGACGCCCAGCUCUUCCUCGAGAACAUAAAAAACAUAGACGAGGCCCCCUUCCACGGCUUCACGCUUGCCUCCAACAAGUCGCAGUCUCCCGUCGUGCGCCACUACGCUCUGUCCCUCCUUGAGCAUGCAAUCAAACAGAAAUGGGCCGAGUAUAACGAACAUCAGUCUAUCAUGCUGCGCGAGUGGGUAUUGGGGCUCUGCCGCGACCUGUCAAAGGACGAUCCGCUAUACAUUAGGAACAAGACGGCCCAGCUGUGGGUGGAAGUCGCCAAGAGAUGCUGGGGCUCCGAGUGGAUGGACAUGGACGAGCUUCUGGUUCGCCUGUGGCAGAUACCCGAUUCUGCUGUUCAUAAGGAGCUCGUUCUCUUCGUGCUCGAAACACUGUCCGACGAGGUGUUUAACGGCGACGACGCUGUCGUAGCCAUGCGCGAGGGCGUACUCAGCAGGAGCUGUGUCGAAGUCUUCACCCCAGCCCCUGUCUUGAGAGAAGCCUUUCCCAACAGAGCCGCUGGCCCCGAGGUGCGCUUCGGGGAAGAAGGGUGGCUUAGCAGGGUAUCCGAAUUUCUCAGUCAUUGCCUCAACGGAGACGCCCAAAACAACGACCAAAUCCGCUCUUGCGCCGUGAAAUCCUUGUCCGUCUUCUAUUCCCUUAUGCCCUGGGCCAUUCCCAAGUCUGUCGCCGUUGCAAAUUGCGUUCCCGUCAUGUGCAGAGCCCUUGCGACUCCCGAAGUCUCUGUUCAAAAGGCCUCCCUGGAAGCUCUGCAUGCGCUUUACUCUCGUUCCAACUUCUCCGAGCAAGAAUUCAAGGACCUCGUCGCGCCCAUGUACGAUGCUAGCUCGGUGGAUCUCCUAAAGAGGCUCUUUGAAUGGUCGGCCGUGGAUGCCGAGGACAUUGACGAAGACAAGUACCAAUUUGGCAAGAAAUUCUCAGAAAUGCUAUCUCUGCUUGGUAACUACCUCGACCGAAGGUUUUCUGCCAUACCGACAAACUCAGACGUUGGCGGCUUUCUUAACCUGUUGCUGCUCACCGUACAGAGUCAAAGUCUCAUCAUAGCAAUUCCUGUCCUGGCAACCUGGACUCGCCUCCUGAACAACAGGUUGAUCGGACAGAGCCCGGCCAACAGCCACCUCGUUGGCCCGCUUCUUGAAGUCUGUGGCUCUCGCUUGAUCAGAUACGAGAAUUUGCCCGAGGACACUCAAGACCCCACGUUUUUGUUCCUCAUGGAGGAUACCGACACCGUCCCCGAGAGGCAUGCUUUUCUCGGCAACUAUAGGAGGUACAGCACUCAGGUCAUUGAGACUAUUGUCCAGUUGAAGCUGUCUGAGGCAGUCUACCAUGUUCUCGGUCAGGCAGAGCAGGUUUUGCAGCGUCUGUAUGAUGACAGCCCACCUAUGGACGCCACGAAAUAUGUCAAGCAUUCCAUGCCGGUUUUGCGUGUCGAUGCACAAUUUACCGUCAUUGAGGCUGCGCUCAAGGGCUACAUGAAAUGGAGGGCAAGCACCACUCAACAGAGCCUGCCAGACUAUGAACAACAGCGUGCCGCCUUGGAGAGAGACCUAGAAUCCUGGUGCACCAAACUCCUUGAAAUGAAGUUUGAGGAUCCCUUGAUCCGAAAGAGGGUUUUGCAACUCUUGGUAGCCUUCUCGACUACAGCGCUCGACAAGAACCCUGGAUUCAUGCUCAAGGUCCUUGAACACAUUCUCAUGACAUGGCCCGCCCCUCAACCGGAGCAUCGUGCCUUCAAUGAGGCCAUCAAAGACUUCCAGUCCGAGAGCAUGGUGGAGCUGCAGAGGCUUGCGUCAAAGGUCCCCGACCACUUGCUUGCCGUGUACGAUCAAAUAGAGGCACGGGUAAACGAUAUGAUCUCAUCUGGCACGUUGGACGAGAAGCGCCAGAUUGCCUAUCAGAGUUUCCUCUUCAUCAUCAUUCACCGGGCUUCCAACAUCGACCCUGCCAUUCAGGCUCAGCGCUUACAGGAGUUCAUCAAGCCUGUUACGUCUUCGUGGCAGAACCAGGAACUCAAGAAUUCACUCUCAUCUUAUUCAGGCUUCUGCGAGUUGAUGGCUCUGGACAAGGCGAAGAGGUAUCUCAUGAGCCACCGUGUCCACGAGGUCAGAGACUGGGGUUCCUGCGAACUAGAUGCCGAAGGCUUGGCUUUGCAGAGUGAGCUGGAAGAGAGACAAAAGAUGCUGCCGCUUCGGCCUACGAAGUCUUUCCUCUCGUUCUCAGUUGAGAAGUUGGAGAAGUCGUCUAAUCCAUUUCAGAUAUCGUAUCGCUUGUGGAAUGAUAGCUUUCCCGUGAUUCUGCCCGAUCUUUUACAGUUUCUCAGCCAUGCACACGCAUCGCACAACCCGGACAACUGGACAGAACUACCUGCCGAAACUCGUUCUGUUGUCGGCAAUGUACUCAGUGACCGAUUCUGGCAAGCGGGCAUCUCAGAGGGCAGCAAGGACGAGUUUUAUGCUCGCGUCAUGGACAAGAAAAAUACACUCGAAGGGCUCGCUUCAACCAUUCGUGGAACUGUAAGGUUUGUUAGGGAGACCUGUUACGCCAUCAUCUACUGUAUGAGCCGUUUGGAGAUGCAGUUUUACGGGUUCAGCGAGCUGCCUGGUCCCCUUGCGCAGGCCCUCUUUCAGAACUCUUUCCAUCUCUCGGCACACCAGCAAAUCAACCUCCUCAAUCUUGUGAGAUACCUGGUGGAUGACUGUCCAUUGGAGCAACGAGAACACUUCCUCCCCCCAUUGCUGGCAGCUUGUUUCCAGCAGAUGGAUGCCAAGAUCAACGCGGAAUGGGAGAACCUCGAGCGCCAGCAAGUUAUACAGGCUGCGGCAGAUGCACUCACAGAGGAGAUGAAGUCCGAAAGUAUCUUGCGCCAGGUCACGUACACUGCGGUGAUCAUGGUAGCGGAUUUCUUGGACCCCACGAAGAGGAAUCCUUCGCUGCUGAGAACGCAGAAUGGCCACGGACAGCCACAGAAAUACCCAUCGCUUAGAAAGUUCUGCUUGAUGCAGUCGACCAUCGUAGAGCCCCUGCUGCUCUUUUGCACCCACGCUAUUCGCAUGCGAGAUACUCGAUGCUGUAGCAUAAUCUUGCGAGUGUUCCGUUCGAUUGUUCCAGACUUUUACUUGGCGGAAUCGGUUUCGCCAAAAGCCAUCCCGCAGGAUGGGCUUGAGGCAGGACCGCCUAACAGGGACCCUCAUCUUGACACAACGCCAAUUUCCCCAGACGCAGCCACCGCCAUCAGAGAAUACAUCGCAUCAGAUGUACUCCGGGCCUGCAUCACCUCCUUCCAUGAACCAUACUUUGUAGAUCUGCAGAAGGAUCUGGCCUCAUUGAUUGCAGCUAUUGUGGUCUAUUACAGCCCAGUAACCAGCACCCCUCGGGAUGUGCUCAUGUCACUGCCCAACAUCAGGCAAGCGGACCUUGACAGGCUGAACGAGUUCUCUUCUAAGCCGGCAUCUCACACCCGUCAACAGCGUGCGUUGGUACUUGAUCUCCUCAAGGACCUCAAGGGUGUGAGCAUCGCUGAGAUGGGAAAACUUCCCAAGAACAGCAGUUUCGGACGAAGCAAGAAGUCGAACCGCAGUAAAAUGGCCCAGGAGUUCAUGACGCCUGCUAAUGAGAUAAAAACGCGGGGUGGAGGAGUUGCCGACGCAGGACGGGCAACGCCAGACGCUCUCGAGGGAGUGGCUGAUUUGUUCGAGGGCUAG